AUGAUUGACCUCCAAAGAAGAGUCGUCAUCAUUGGCGCCGGUGUUGGCGGGUUGUCCCAAGCUAUUGCUCUCAAAACUAAGCUCAGGUUUCACGAUUUUACAAUAUAUGAAAAAGGGUCUGAAGUCGGUGGGGCGUGGAGGGGAUGCUCGUCGGAUGUCCAAGUUCAUUGGUACAGCUUAUCAUCAGACCUCUAUCCACUCUGGAACAAAUCGCAUGGCCUUCAACCGGAAAUUCAAGCCUACUGGAUUAAGCUCGCGAAGAAAUAUAACCUAUAUUCACACAUUGCGUUCAACACAAAAGUGUUAUCUGCCGAGUGGGAUGAUGCCAAGCAACAGUACACCGUCGUCGCGGAAGACAUAUUUUCAGGCAAGCGAAUGUCGAGUGUGGCUCACAUCGUGAUAUCUGCCGUUGGUGUUUUGGAGGUUCCAAAGAUUCCAUACGAGAUCCCUGGAGUUCGGAACUUUCAGGGGACUUCGUUUCACUCCGCACAGUGGCCAGGCUCAAUAGAUAUGCAGAAUAAGCGUGUUGCAGUGAUUGGAAAUGCCGCUUCCGGAGCACAGUUUGUGCCAUCUAUAUCUGAAGACCCGUUCGUCGAAGUCGUUAACUUCAUCCGCACUCCGACCUGGUUCAACACUCGACCACAUAUUCCGUACACGGACACCGAGAAGUGGAUAUUUGCCAACAUCCCUUUGGCAAUGAGACUGCACCGAGCUUGGAUCAUGUUCUGGUUCGAUUUUCCCUCUAUCGUGCGCCCGAGUGACAAAGCUCUCAAGAAACGACGCGAGGCGAUGACGAAAUACAUUCUCGACAACGCACCGACUAGAUACCAUGAUCGUAUGAUGCCCAAUUAUCCUCCAGGUUGUAAGCGGACCGUCGCAAACAGUGGUUUCCUGGAUAUUCUCCAUCGGCCUAACUUGACACUGAACUUCGAUGGAAUUGCUAACAUAGUGGAGAAUGGCAUCAUCACUAACACUGGUGAAAUGUUACCAUUUGAUGUCAUCAUAUACGCGACCGGAUUCAUCAGCGUAAGCUAUUAUGAUGCGCAUGGUGGCCCUACCGCAUACCUCGGGACUGCAGUUCCUGACAUACCAAACUUUUACUUGUUAGCUGGACCAAAUACCGGAGUACCGGCAUCAACGUUGUUCAUGGAAGAAGUUCAAAUUGGAUAUAUCCUUCAACUCAUAGAGCCGGUCCUCGGCGGUUCCGCUUCAUCAUUCACCGUCAAAGCUUCACCCACAGAUGCAUAUAAUGCCAAGGUUCAAGAACGACUGUCCCGCUCGGUGUCAGUGCAAUGUUACUCCUGGGCACGCACAAACGGCACAGGCAAGGUAUAUAAUCCUUUCCCUUGGGCUGUGACGCUUUGGUGGUGGUGGCUUCGCACACCGAAUUGGGAUCAUUAUGUGGCAGUCGGCGCCGAGAAAUGGGCAUGGGCAAGGCGAAAAAAGGCUGUUAAGAAUAUUCUGGGACGCACUGCAGUCUUGACGCUAUUAUGGUCAUAUAUCAGCGGCUCUGCUCAGCGGAUUUUGUACAACAUGGUGGUGAGUCUAUUAUUGUUCUCGAUGCCUAUCAAUUGA